UCUGUGAAGGGAUGGGGACGCGCGCGAGCGUGGGGGAGGCGGCGCGAGCGCGGCCGGAGCGGGAAGGAGCGAUGCCGGGCCCAGGUGAGGAGGCGCCGGGCACCGGGGGGGAGCUGAGCCGCUCGCAGGUGUGCGGGAUGCUCCGGCAGGAGCUGAGCCGGGACGGAGCCUUCCUCCAGGGCCACCCGCAUGUCCUCGUCAUCCUCGGCGCCUCCGGCGACUUGGCCAGGAAGAAGAUUUACCCCACGAUCUGGUGGCUGUUCCGGGACGGGCUCCUCCCCGAUGCCACGCGCGUCGUCGGCUUCGCCCGCUCGCCCCUCACCGUGGAGCUCAUCCGGGAGCAGACCAUGCCCUACCUCAAGGUGACCCCUGAGGAUGGGCCCCGCCUGGCCGCGUUCCUGUCCCUGCAGAGCUUCGUGCGGGGUCAGUACGGGGACGAGGCCUCGUUCCGGGCGCUGGACACUCACCUGCGGGGGCUGCCCGGGGGCGACCGUGCCCACCGGCUCUUCUACCUGGCCCUGCCCCCCAGCGUGUACACACCUGUGACCCAGCACCUGAGGGCUCUGUGCAUGGGACAGGGGUGGAACCGUGUGAUCGUGGAGAAGCCGUUUGGGCGGGACCUGGGCUCGUCGGAGGAGCUGUCGGCGCACCUGAGCGCGCUGUUCCGCGAGGAGCAGAUCUACCGCAUGGACCACUACCUGGGCAAGGAGAUGGUGCAGAGCCUCAUGGUGCUGCGGUUCGGCAACCGCAUCUUCGGGCCCAUCUGGAACCGGGACAACGUUGCCUGCGUGGUGCUCACCUUCAAGGAGCCCUUCGGCACCGAGGGCCGCGGUGGCUACUUUGAUGACUUCGGCAUCAUCCGGGACGUGAUGCAGAACCACCUUCUGCAGCUGCUCUGCCUCGUGGCCAUGGAGAAGCCGGCAUCCACCAACCCCGACGAUGUCCGUGACGAGAAGGUGAAGGUGCUCAAGUGCAUCAGCCCGGUGGAGCUGCAGGACGUAGUGCUGGGCCAGUAUGUGGGCAACCCCGAGGGACCCCCUGAGGCACAGAAGGGCUACCUGGACGACCCCACGGUGCCCCCCGGCUCCACCACGCCCACCUUCGCCACUGCUGUGCUGCGUGUGGCCAACGAGCGCUGGGACGGCGUCCCGUUCGUGCUGCGCUGCGGGAAGGCGCUGAACGAGCGCAAGGCCGAGGUGCGGCUGCAGUUCCGGGAGGUGCCCGGGGACAUCUUCGCGCGGCAGUGCAAGCGCAACGAGCUGGUGGUGCGGGUGCAGCCGCGUGAGGCCGUCUACGCCAAACUGAACACCAAGAAACCCGGCAUGUUCCUGCGGCCCGAGGAGUCCGAGCUCGACCUCACCUACGGCAGCCGAUACAAGGACGUGAAGCUGCCGGAUGCCUACGAGCGGCUGCUGCUGGAUGUCAUCUGCGGGAACCAAAUGCACUUUGUGCGCAGUGACGAGCUGCGUGAGGCCUGGCGCAUCUUCACCCCCCUCCUGCACCAGAUCGAGCAGCGCCGCGAGCCCCCCAUCCCCUACCCCUACGGCAGCCGGGGCCCCCCCGAGGCGGAUGAGCUCCUGCGGCGGGCAGGGUUCCUGUACGAGGGCACCUAUCGGUGGGUGCCCCCCCCCGGGCCCGACCCCCACUCCUGACCCACGGCCGGACCCCCCAAAAACACUCCAGGGCUCUGGGCUGGGGGUUGGUGCCCUAUGGGACCCCCCCUGCUCCGUAAUCCCCCCAAUCCUGCCCCACAGUGCCCCCAACACACUCCAGCCCCCCAAAAACACCUCUGGGCUGGGGGUGACCCCCAUAAUCCCCCCCCACCCCAUAGAGCCCCCCAACCUUGCCCCAUAGACCCCCCAGGGCCCCCUAACCCCCCCCCAGCUGGGACCAAAGCUCCCCCUCCCCCAAUCAAACCCGCAAAGCUUAAUUACCCCCUCAUUGUCCCUCCCCCCCCCCCCCCCACCGGGAGCAAUUAAUGAUUAAUGGAAAUCAAUUAAUCAAUUAACCCACCAUUAACCAGGACCAAUUAAACCCACCUUUGGCUAAUUAA